AGGCAGCAUUGUAUCGCCGCAGCAGCAGAGCGGCGCUCAGGUGUCUGCAGCGGCGGAACAUGAUUACGGCGGUAUGGCGGACAGAGACAAGAGGAAACCCAGCCCUGCGCCUGGACGCAGCGUCCAGGUGAACUCCCAGUCCGGUUUCAGGUUGACUCAUGAUAUCAGCCUGGAUGAGUUUGACGAUGAUGACCUAUCAGAGAUUACGGAGAUUACAGAUGAGCGCGGGAUGAGCCUCAACUGUAACGGUCCGGACAUAAAGGGCCAUGUGAGGCGAGGAACCAAUAGUGUGUCAGGGAGGGUGGAACUAGGUGCUGUUGGCCAGCUCCAGGCAGAGAUGCUGCAUUUGGACCUCAUCGACAGUGUUGAUAAAGAGUCCCUGAAGGCUUCUGCCGUCGCACCCCCGUCUGCCACCAAGGACCCCGCCGCACCUGUUACCAUGGAUACCUACCGACCCAAAAGACCCACGACCCUCAACCUCUUCCCGAUUGUGCCACGCACUCAGGACACACUAAACAACAACUCCCUUGGGAAGAAGUACAGCUGGCAGGAGAAGGUUUCAGGUUCGUCCUCGCCGCUCAAAACAGGCGAGCUCACACCUCCCCGUGAACACAGCUGUCUGAGUGAUGAGGACAAGGUGCAGGGCGGCGGCUCGCACACCAAAGACCGCGGCACUUCCACCGAUGUCCCCUGCAGGCACAGCCACAACGCUGGACACUCACAUGGCAGCUCAUCCUCAGCCGUAGUGGCACGUGCACAGGUCCAGGAGAAGCCACCUGCACCUCCACCACCUCAGAACUACACACCAGCUCCUCUGUAUCCAGCAGGGAAGGCGGGUGGGGGCGGAACCCACCAGGACAGGAUUUCUUACCAUGCAGAUGUUCAUCCGGAGCCAACAGAAGAGAUCUAUCUGACGCCGGUUCAACGCUCUGCUGAACUGUUAGAGUCUGUUGGUGUCCAAAACCGGCCUUUUCUGUCACAGCAGACGGAGCAAAUUCGCAUGUCCAUCAGCUCUGACACAGAAGGCCCACCCCCAUACCAGCCUCUCCCAGACCGGACCAACCCAUCUAUAUAUGAGGAAGAUGAGGUCUACAUGGCCCCACCUUCUUACGCUUCCUGUGUGGAGUCCCUCAUAACACCUCCUGGCAUGGCUUACUCAGCCCCACCAUCACGUUCCUCCUUUGCCCUGGACCUCAGCCGGCGAGGGGCAGGAAUGGGCUCUGGGGUCAUGUUGAGAGCAGGGUCAUCAGUUGAAUAUGUGGACGCAACAGAUGAAAACUACUGCGGAGAAGAGAAUGAAAAUGAGGAUGUGGACAGAGUAGUGAUGGAUGGGAGGAUGAGGAAGGGGGUUGAUCAGGUGGGUGAAGGGACUUGUGGUGGUAGAAGUGCCCCACCAAGGACUUCUAUGAGCUCGGAGGCCAACGGCCUCUCGUACGACUCAGUUAAAUACACGCUGGUGGUGGAUGAGCAUGCCCAGCUGGAACUGGUCAGUCUACGGCAGUGUUACCAAGGCUACAGCGAUGACAGUGACUCGGCCACUGUCUAUGACAACUGUGUCUCUUCUCCAUAUGAGUCGGCCAUUGGGGAGGAGUAUGAGGAGGAUGAGGACAGCAGUGCUCGGAUGGGGGGAGUUCAGAGAGAGGCCACAGCUUGUCUGUCUGAAGAUUCCACACCAGAAGCAGACCUGCACUUCUCAAAGAAGUUCCUCAAUGUCUUCAUGAACGGCCGUUCUCGUUCCUCCAGCGCAGAAUCAUUUGGUUUAGUCUCAUGUGUUAUUGAUGGAGAGGAGAAGGAUCAGACUCACAGAGCUGUGUACAGGUUUGUUCCUCGACAUGAUGAUGAGUUAGAGCUGGAGGUGGAUGAUCCGCUGUUUGUGGAGGUCCACGGAGAUGAUUACUGGUAUGAGGGCUACAACAUGCGCACCGGUGCCCGAGGCAUCUUCCCUGCCUACUAUGCUAUAGAGGUCACCAAGGACACUGAGAACUAUAAAGCAGUGAAAAGCAGUGAAUGGAUGGACAGAUACAGUCUGAAGUUCCUCGGCUCUGUACAGGUGCCGUAUCAUAAAGGAAACGAUGUACUAUGUGCAGCUAUGCAGAAGAUUGCGACCAACAGACGGAUGACUUUGAGGUACAAUCCACCAUCAUCAUGUGUCCUGGAGAUCAGUGUUAAAGGCAUCAAGCUCGCAGUUCAGGAGGAUUACUACGCCUGUGACAGGAGUAACGAGUGCAGCCACUUCUUCCAGCUAAAGAAUGUCUCCUUCUGUGGCUAUCACCCAAAAAACAGCAAAUAUUUUGGUUUCAUUACGAAGCAUCCAGCAGACCAGAGAUUCGCCUGCCAUGUGUUUGUGUCUGAAAAUUCAACAAAGCCUCUCGCAGAAUCCGUGGGGAAAGCCUUCCAGCUGUACUAUAAGGAGUUUGUGGAGUUCUCGUGCCCGACAGAGGACAUCUACCUGGAAUAGCCCUGCCUUCAGCCACAGCCCUGUACAGUACACUAUAUCAUAGCUUAAUGUUGCAUGAAGGACAGACGUCUAAAAAAAACUAACUUUAACAAGAG